AUGAGUGGAUUUGAUAGACCUCACAUCGUCAAUAAUUUGGCUGAUGGGGAUUCUAUUCCUAAUGAGCUGGCAAUACAAAGUAUUUCGUCAGCCUCAUCUAUCAGUUCAUCCGAUUUAUCAAUAAAUAGCGCGGCUCCAAAAGACCACCAAGUAAUUAGCCCAGUACCUAUUGCGUACCAAGAUGAUGAUAGGGAUGGUGAUGAUGAUACACCAAGAAGUACUAGAAGAGUAUCAUUUGGUAAUAAUCCUGAACGUACAAGAUCAUAUUCUAGUACAUAUACAUAUGCCGGCCAAGCUCUAGGAGCUUUGCGUCACACAUUAAGUGGGACUGGCUCUAUUGAUACAAAGGCCAGCAAAAACCUUACCCGUCAAUCUACUAGUCUUUCAGUAAGGGAUAUCUAUGGAGAUAUGGAUGAUAACGAAGUAAGACUUCGUAGAACUGCAACAAGAAAUACAAUCUUAAAUAGUUUAGCAAAAAGAGUACAAAGUGCUGGAGAUGAAGCGGCUGGUAUCACUCAUGAUGUGGAAGAAAAGGAUUAUGAUGGUCAUAUAUCACUCCAAUCAAUUUCACGUAAAUCUAACAUAUAUGAAGAUUUACCCGAUACCACUGUUCCCACAAAGGAUUAUGGUCAAGAAUUUGCCAAAAUUGAUCCAGAAUUGGUCACCUGGGAUGGUCCAGAUGACCCUGAGUACCCUAGAAAUUGGUCUACGAAACAAAAGGUUUGGCAAACUACAAUUGUAGCUCUAUAUACUUUUGUUUCACCUAUUACAUCGUCAAUUCCAUCACCUGCUAUGCCUCAAAUUUCUCAAUCGUUAGGAAUGGAGAAUAACCAAUUUUUAGAAUCAUUUUCAGUAUCAAUAAUGAUUUUAGCAUGGGCUUUGGGGCCCCUUGUUAUUGCCCCUAUAUCUGAAAGUGACAGGGUUGGUAGAAGACCGGUCUUGAAUGCAUCCAUUUGGAUUAAUUUAUUCUUUAAUUUAGGUUGUGGGUUUUCUCGAACUCCAGCUCAAUUAUGCAUAUGUCGGUUUUUAGGUGGUCUUGGUGGUUGUGCUGCAUUGAAUGUCGGCGCUGGAACUCUAGCUGAUUUAUGGAAUGAUGAUCAAAGACUUGUGGCCAUGGCAUUCUAUUCCAUUUGUCCUACAUUGGGUCCCGUUCUUUCUCCUGUAGCAUCUAGUUUUAUUGUCGCUAACAUGAAUUGGAGAUGGGUUUUCCAUUUCUUAUCAAUAUUUAAUGCCGCUAUUGCAAUUGUUGGUACCAUUUUCUUUAGAGAAACUUAUUCACCUACAUUAUUAUACAACAAAUGUCAAGCAUUGAAGAAAGAAACUGAUAAUAAGCAUUUACAUACUAUUUAUGAAAUUGCUGAUGGAGAAACUAAAUGGGGUCAGUUUAUGGUUACUGUUUCUAGACCAGUAAAAUUAUUAUUCACCCAUCCAAUGGUGUUAGGUCUUGGAUCUUUCAUGGCAUUUACUUAUGGAUUUAUGUAUUUGAUGAUAGUUACCUUCCCCAAGGUGUAUAAAGUUAAGUAUGGGUUCUCUGUGCAAAUCACUGGCCUUAUGUACUUGCCAAUGGGAGUUGGGUAUAUAUUAGGAAUAAUCUUUUUCACAAUUGCUAUUGAUAAGAUUUAUAAGAAACUUACUGCAAGAAAUGGAGGAGUGCCUAAACCAGAGUAUAGACUCCCCUGUUUAUGUUUCUCUGGGGUUGGGAUUCCCGUAGGGCUUAUAUGGUAUGGAUGGUCUGCAGAGAAGGAACUUCAUUGGAUUAUGCCUGCUAUCGGUACUGCUAUAUAUGCAUUUUCAUUCAUUGCCGUCUUCCAAACUAUUCAAAAUUAUUUGAUUGAUAUGAAUAAUAGAUUUGCAGCAUCGGCAGUUGCUGCAGCCGCAGUUUUCCGAUCAUUCUUUGGAUUUCUGUUCCCACUUUUCGCCAAUAAGAUGUAUGAUCGAUUGGGAUAUGGCUGGGGUAAUACAAUGUGUGGGUUAGUUGGGUUGGUGCUUGGAUUACCGUUCCCAAUCUUUUGCUUAAUGUAUGGAGAAAGAUUGAGAGAAUGGGCUAAUCGUAAGAUGGAAGAAGAACAAGCAAAAAGAGAUGAAAAGAAUUUGUUGAGAUUAAAGAAGUUGAAUGAUGAGAAGGCAUUUUAA